AUGGAGGAGGAGGAGUGUCUGCUUCGAGGGUCCUCGACAAAGGACCAGAAGGUUGGCCUUAUCAGCUGGGCUGGCACGUAUCUAACAGCUGGGAACUAUGGAAAUAAAAUCACUGCUAUAGCUAAAGGCUUGGGCAGGAGACAGACUUGGGAAUUAUUAGUGUGCAAUGAAUAUGAUGAGAAAUGUCAGGCCCUGGUGCGCCUACAGAGCGUCCAAGGCCACAUCUUGCUGCCCGAGGGAGACGGCUCAGUCUAUUGCGGGUGUCCCCGGAACACAGAGCAUGGCUACUUCCUACUUCGUUUCUACCGCCAUGGCAAGUGGACCCUGCAGUGCAUGAUCACGGGCCACUACCUGGAGUCGGAUGGCGAGGCCGUAUUCUGCAACUCCAGGGUGCUCUCCGCCUACCACAUGUGGACCCCACGGCCAGCCAUCCACGUCCACGUGGUACUCUACAGCCCCAUCGCCUGCUGCUACGUCCGAGCCAACCCUCAGCAGGGCUGUAUCUGGGUGGAUGCUCCUGUGCCUUACCUGGAGGAGUGUGGCUUCCUGCUUCACUUCCACGAAGGGCUCUACCACCUGGAGUCUUCUUCCCACCACUUUCUGUCCCAAAAUGACAGGCUGGUCAGCAGACCCUCAAUGCAAACAGGCUUUCACCUGCAUUUCCGGCCUGGUGGACAGAUAGCCUUGGGCGAUGGGCAAGGGUGCCUCCUGUACCCGCAGGGCUCCCAGUCCCUCCUGUCUCUGGGCUCCAGCCCCAUGGGUGGAGAAGAGUGGUUUAUAUUGCAACACUGCCCAACCUGGAUCACCCUGAAAGCUAAGAAUCGGAAAUUCGUCACCAUCGUUUCUGAAAUGGAAGUCUGUGCUAGAUCUGAGCAGAUGGUUCCUCUGUGCUUCUUUCAGUAUGAGAGUGAUCCAAACUCUAAUGCCAUUCAGCUACGUUCAGUUACUGGUCAAUAUUUAGCACAGAGGCCACAUAGGACUAUAAUAGGAGAUGGGAAAAAACUAGAGGCAGCGGCUAUUUUCUGUGUGCAAUGGAACUGUGACCGGAUCACUCUACAGGCUGCCAGUGGACGCUAUGUGGGUGUUACAUCCAAUGGGUGCUUGAUAACUACAUCCUUGCAACCAGGUCCCUGUGAAGAAUUUAGGGUACGUUUAGUCAAUCGACCUUUCCUAGCCUUGAGAGGUCGAUAUGGCUACGUGGGCACAUCUUCAAACCAUGACCAAAUGCAGUGCAACAUGGACCAGCCAGACUGCAUCCAGCUACUUCCCUGCCGACAAAGUAUUUACCAUUUCCAAGCACAGAGUGGCACCUUCUGGUCCCUGACAGCCUAUGGCACCUUCCGUCCCUGGGGAAAGUUUGCUCUCAACUUCUGUCUAGAACUACGAGGCAGCAACCUGCUUGCUGUGUUGGCCCCCAAUGGCUACUACAUAAGGGCUGACAGCAGUGGUGUCUUAUUGGCCGACAGCAAGAUUAUCACCAACGAGUGUCUCUGGGAGUUUUAGGUAGACAAGAUACCACCAUAAAGAAGACCCUGAAGAUGAGAUUUGUGAGAUUAUCCACAACACAAUCCUUACCCCUACAAGUCACAACUUAUCCUUCUACUCCUCAAUCAAACUUUCACACUGAGAAACA